AUCUCUUGCGUCGUCUCGACUCGAGAAAUCGAGAGAAGACACCCCAAAAAAAAAUCGGAGAAAAAGGCGACAAGGAAGCCGAGGGGAUUGCUUCGUCGACGAGGAGGGAGUUGGUGGUGGAGGAGAGGUCGCCGCCAUGGAGAAUCUUGCGCUGCUUUGGGGGAUCAUCGGGCCGGGAGUCGCCGGUGCGGUCUUCGGCGCCGGGUGGUGGUUCUGGGUCGACGCCGUCGUCUGCAGCUCCGUCCAGGUCUCCUUCCUCCACUACCUACCCGGGAUAUUCGCGUCGCUGGCCGCGCUCAUGUUCAACGCCGUGAACAAGGAUGAGAUCGGAUACGACUAUUACUCGCCCUACGGGGACGAUUCCGAGUGGAGGGUGAAGCUUUGGCUUUUUGUGGCGUAUGUUGUCUCUUUCGUCUGCCUAGCUGGAUCAGUGGGUAUGUUGGUGCAAGAUGCCUUGACAGACAAAGGCCCUUCUGUGUGGACUGGUGUUGCUGGUGUUCUGCAAUGUGUUCUUGUAUUGAUAAGUGGGUUGAUAUAUUGGACGUGUCACUCUGAGGACUAAGGGCCAGAAUGUUGCAAGACUUCCGAGGGUGAAAGGUCGUGGUGAUAAUGCUCCGAAGAAAUCUUUUCUGCCAGUGUCAAUGUGAUUUUGUGUACAAAAAAUAUGCUCAUUUCGUGUUGGGAAGACGGGAUGUCCAUUUGUGCAUAACUGAUUACUUUCUGAAAUGAUCCUUAACAUUGGUACGUGUUUGUCAUAUUUUCUUCUGAA